CCACCGAAGGACAGCUGACCUUACCAACAUGGGCACUGCUGUGCGACUGCGAUCUGCUGGGAGGACACGGACUCUGGGCUCUCCUGGCACCUACCUGGGCAUCGCUGCCAUCACAUGGGGCAUGGUGCUGUGGGUGGAGGUGGGCGCCUGGACGUACCACUACAGUGACCAAGGGGACUACACCUGGGAGCAGGCCAGGAAUUACUGCCAGACCUUCUUCACUGACCUGGUGGCCAUCCAGAACCAGCAGGAGAUCCAGUACCUCAACAGGAGCCUGCCCUACCACAGGCACUACUACUGGAUCGGCAUCCGCAAGCUGGGCGGCGUCUGGACCUGGGUGGGCACGCGGAAGGCUCUGACCAAGGAGGCAGAGAACUGGGCCCUGGGGGAGCCCAACAACCGCCGCUCCAACCAGGACUGCGUGGAGAUCUACAUCCAGCGGGCACAGCAGGCUGGCAAGUGGAACGAUGAGCCCUGCAGCCGCAAGAAAAAGGCGCUGUGCUACCGGGCCUCCUGCCAGCCCAUCCCGUGCAGCCAUCAUGGCGAGUGUGUGGAGACCAUUGGGAGCUACCGCUGCGAGUGCUACCCCGGCUUCUACGGCCCCGAGUGCACGGAUGUUGUGCAGUGUGCCAAGCUGGAGCCCAAGGGAGUGCCCAUGAACUGCAGCCAUCCCUACGGAGACUUCAGCUACAACUCCACCUGCGAGUUUGGGUGCCGCAAGGGCUUUGAGCAGCGAGGGGCAGGUGUGCUGCGGUGUCUGCCUUCCCAGGAGUGGUCAGCAAAUAUACCCACCUGCACAGCCAUCUCCUGCUCAAUGCUCAGUGCUCCAGCCAAGGGAGAGAUCAACUGCUCCCACCUCCAUGGCGACUUCACCUUUGGCUCCACAUGUGCCUUCUCCUGCCAGACAGGGUUUGCACUGGUGGGGCUGCAGAGCCUUGAGUGCACAGCCAUGGGGACCUGGACUGGGGACACCCCACAUUGUGAAGCCAUCACCUGCCCAGUGCUCAGUGCUCCAGCCCAGGGAGAGAUCAACUGCUCCCACCUCCAUGGCAACUUCACCUUUGGCUCCACGUGUGCCUUCUCCUGCCAGACAGGGUUUGCACUGGUGGGGUCAGAGAGCCUUGAGUGCACAGCCAUGGGGACAUGGACUGGGGACACCCCACAAUGUGAAGCCAUCACCUGCCCAGUGCUCAGAGCUCCAGCCCAGGGAGAGAUGAACUGCUCCCACCUCCGUGGGGACUUCACCUUUGGCUCCAUGUGUGCCUUCUCCUGCCAGACAGGGUUUGCACUGGUGGGGUCAGAGAGCCGUGAGUGCACAGCCAUGGGGACAUGGACAGGUGACACCCCUCACUGUGAAGCCAUCACCUGCCCAGUGCUCAGUGCUCCAGCCCAGGGAGAGAUGAACUGCUCCCACCUCCAUGGCAACUUCACCUUUGGCUCCACGUGUGCCUUCUCCUGCCAGACAGGGUUUGCACUGGUGGGGUCAGAGAGCCGUGAGUGCACAGCCAUGGGGACAUGGACUGGGGACACCCCACAAUGUGAAGCCAUCACCUGCCCAGUGCUCAGAGCUCCAGCCCAGGGAGAGAUGAAAUGCUCCCACCUCCGUGGGGACUUCACCUUUGGCUCCACGUGUGCCUUCUCCUGCCAGACAGGGUUUGCACUGGUGGGGUCAGAGAGCCGUGAGUGCACAACCAUGGGGACAUGGACAGGCGACACCCCUCACUGUGAAGCCAUCACCUGCCCAGUGCUCAGUGCUCCAGCCCAGGGAGAGAUGAACUGCUCCCACCUCCAUGGCGACUUCACCUUUGGCUCCACGUGUGCCUUCUCCUGCCAGACAGGGUUUGCACUGGUGGGGCUGCAGAGUCGUGAGUGCACAGCCAUGGGGACCUGGACUGGGGACACCCCACAUUGUGAAGCCAUCACCUGCCCAGUGCUCAGUGCUCCAGCCCAGGGAGAGAUGAACUGCUCCCACCUCCAUGGCAACUUCACCUUUGGCUCCAUGUGUGCCUUCUCCUGCCAGACAGGGUUUGCACUGGUGGGGUCAGAGAGCCUUGAGUGCACAGCCAUGGGGACAUGGACUGGGGACACCCCACAAUGUGAAGCCAUCACCUGCCCAGUGCUCAGUGCUCCAGCCCAGGGAGAGAUCAACUGCUCCCACCUCCAUGGCGACUUCACCUUUGGCUCCACGUGUGCCUUCUCCUGCCAGACAGGGUUUGCACUGGUGGGGUCAGAGAGCCUUGAGUGCACAGCCAUGGGGACAUGGACAGGGGACCCCACACAUUGCAAAGCCAUCAGCUGCCCAGAGCUGGACCCCCCUAGCAGAGGCCAGCUAAGCUGCUCUCAUGUGUACGGGAACUUCACCUACAACUCCACGUGCACCUUUUCCUGCGAGGAGGGGUUUGUUCGGAUGGGAGCAGUGCUGCUCCUCUGCAAGGCUACGGGGAGCUGGAGCACGGAUGCCCCCAUGUGUGCAGAGGAUGGUGCCUUCCUAAAGCAAGUCCUGGCUUACAGCAGCGGCUCAGCCCUGGCAGUAGCUGGUGUUGUGCUCUCUGGGGGGCUCAUUGCCCUCCUUGCCAAGAGGCUCAGUGACAGAGAGGAGAAGAGGAAGCUCCUGAAACCCACCAGUGACCUGGGAGCACCGGGCACCUUCACCAACACAGCAUAUGAUGCCAACCUGUGAGCCUGGCUGAGACUGAAACCCACCAUGUGGCCCAGGGCUGCAGGCCCGGCAGGAGCUGCUGCUGGAGCACAGAGGGGCUCCAUGCCUGUGGCUGUAUCCUGAACCAGUGCUGCCCUGGACACUGCCACCACACCAUGUGUGCAGCAUUCCCCUGGGAAGGGGAGCAGCUGGAGACCCACCAGGGGCCAAGAGCCUGCUACCCAGCCCUUGGACAUUGUCCCACUAGGAAUUUGGACACUCCCCAGUGGCUGCUUUCGCUCAUGCUUCCACCUAUGAGCUUAUGUCAGCAGGAUCCAAAU